AUGUUACGCUCAUUGAAAUACAGAUCUGUUCAAAGAUCUUUACACACAUCAAGAACAUGUUUCUCAAAGAUCGUAAAUUCAAAAUCAGGUAAAUUUAUUGAUGAAAACUCAAAAUAUUCAGUUACAACUUAUUCACGUCCAUCAGUUGUUUUCGAAAAAGGUGAAAAAGCUUAUCUUUGGGAUGUUGAAGGUCGUAAAUAUGUUGAUUUUACUGCUGGUAUUGCAGUUACAGCUUUAGGUCAUUCAAAUCCAGAAAUUUCUAAAAUCUUGUAUGAUCAAUCUACAAAAUUAGUUCAUAGUUCUAAUUUAUAUCAUAAUUUAUGGACAAAUAGAUUAUCUCGUGAAUUAGUUGAAGCUACUAAACAAAGUGGUGGUAUGCAUGAUGCUUCAAGAGUUUUCUUAGCAAAUUCUGGUACUGAAGCAAAUGAAGCUGCUUUAAAGUUUGCAAGAAAAUAUGGUAAAUCUCAAAAUGAAAACAAGACUGAAUUCAUCACUUUUACAAAUUCAUUCCAUGGUAGAUCUAUGGGUGCUCUAUCAGUUACACCAAAUCCAAAAUAUCAAAAACCUUUUAGUCCUUUAAUCCCAGGUGUUUCAGUUUCUGAACCAAAUUUAGAAUCUUUUUCAAAAUUAAUUAAUGAAAACACUGCAGGUGUUAUUAUUGAACCAAUUCAAGGUGAAGGUGGUGUUCGUCCAGUUUCAAAAGAAUUUUUAAUUGAAUUGAAAAAAUUAACUAAAAAACAUAAUGCUUUAUUAAUCUUUGAUGAAAUUCAAUGUGGUCUUGGUAGAUCUGGUAACUUAUGGGCUCAUGGCUCUUUACCAAAAGAAGCUCAUCCAGAUAUUGUUACAAUGGCUAAAGCUUUAGGUAAUGGGUUCCCAAUCGGUGCUACUAUGAUUACUGAAAAUGUAGAAAAAGCUUUGAAUGUUGGUGAUCAUGGUACUACUUAUGGUGGUAAUCCAUUAGGUGCAAGAGUUGGUUCUUAUGUUUUAAGUCAAGUGUCUGAAAAAGAAUUCCUAAAUAAAGUUUCUGAAAAAUCACAAAUCUUUAGAAAUGAAUUAGAAUCAUUGAAGAAUGAAAUUAAUGAAAUUGUUGAAGUUAGAGGUGAAGGUUUAUUAUUAGGUGUUCAAUUCAAAUCAGAUCCAAGUAAAGUUGUUGAUGCUGCUAGAGAACGUGGUCUUUUAGUUAUUACUGCAGGUGGUAAUACUGUUAGAUUUGUUCCUGCUUUGAAUAUUGAAGAUGAUGUUAUUAGAGAAGGUUUAGCUAUCUUUAAAGAUGCUGUUAAAUCUGUUUUCCCAUAG